UAUGUCCUUCUCGGGUCUGAUUCGCAUAGUGCAUCCUAUUUGAAUGAGCUUUGGUUCAGUUUCUGGUGUGAUGACCGCAUCACUCUUAGUGGCGGCGUUGUAGAAGUUGCUCCAUUUCCUAUCACCACUAAUGGCACCAAAGCUCCUCUUAGUGGUGGCAUCGGAGGAGUUUCUCCGUCUCCUGUAACAAAAGGCGGAGCCACUAAUGGCACCAAAACUCCUCUUAUUGGUGUCAUUGUAGGAGUUUCUCCCAUCCCAGAAAGUGGAGCCACUAUUGGCACCAAAGCUCCUCUUACUGGUGGCGUUUUAAGAGCAGUUCCUCUACGUGAAGGCGGAGCAAAUCUUGCCACUAACAACACUGGAACUCCUAGUGUUUCCGUUAUGGGAGUCGGUACUACCGUAAAAAGCGAAGUUCUUUAUACUACUAAACAGUUUGAAACGAGAUUUGUCAUUAAUGCGAAGGUGAGUGAAGAUGGUAGCAAUGGUGGGAGGAAAGGUGCAAAGCCUUGAAACGUUAAUGAAGCUAUACGUAUAAAGUAUAAAUGUUCAUGCUUAGGCUUAUAUAUACGUAUAUAUGUUCUCUACAAAGUCACAUUAAUCUCUUUUGUAUGACAAAACGAAUAAUUUAGAGAUUGUGACUUUCUAUUUCUUCAUUUUAAUUUCCAAUAUUAUAAAAAGAGUUCCGAUACCCCGUAAAGGUUUAAAGUUUUAUGUGUAAAUCAAAUAUCAAUAUAAAUAUUUUCAUAUUUUGUCUUUUGUAGGAUUUAUGAUUAGAACUUGCAAAGGUCAAUAGCUUUGGUACAUGAAACUUGGACCGCGCCCUUUUGUUGUUGUAGAUUUCUAUCAGUUUAUAAGAUUUUGUCAUUUAAAAUCUACCAUAUUCAGGAAAGUCUUGAGUGUAUAAAAUGGUAUCUU